GGUGGUGUGGGUGAGAGCCAUACCGGAGGAGGAGAAGGACCCAGUCACCCAAAUACAGCCGUCGACGCUGGUCCACACAGCUAGCUCGUCUCCUGCCAUCCUCGGCGUGUGUGUGUGUGUGUGUGAGUGUGUGUGUAGCGUGUUGUGUUCGUGUUCAACCUCUCGUCGACACUUCCCUCACCACACCACGAUCAGCUUUUGGUUGGCCGACCGAAACCGGGAGAGGAAGGGAUUUGGAGAACACGAGGCAGAAGCUGACACACACUCCUCCAGCGCCUCCUCCUACAACAUCCUACCGUCAAUCCUUCACCUUUCCCCGUGACUCCCUUAUCGUUCAGCCAUCCACCACCCCCCCCCCCCAAUCAGGAAACGAUGAGGAUGAAAGCUUAACGACAGCAGACAGGGAACAAGUUUUCGACUCCUCCGUCAGGUGGCAUCACGACUCUAAACACACAUGUGAGACGUACCCAGGAGGAUUUUCCCCUAAAGAAGUUGUGAAAUGAGAACUUGAUCGGGACUUUGCCCCUUCUUAGUGAGAGCGCUGAGAGGUGAGGUAUACGCUGCUGUCUCGGUGAUAGGGAACGGCUGUGUUGAUCCGCUGAAAGAUUAAUGAUUUUGUGGCGUGAGGAGAGAUUAUUAUGAUGGGCACGAUAGUUAUUUACAGUGUCAGGUGGUUCAACAGCAGCCACAACCACAGAAGGUAAUGUGGUCCGCGAGCUCUCAUACCAUCACCACCAGACACCACCAGAUGGCUCCACUCAGCUAGCGCAGAACCCAGAACAAACUGUACCUAUCACCAAUUACUAACACAAUAAACCUAACAUCCCUCCAUAAACUAAAACCUUUAAGUAGAUAACACAAGAGGUGAAACAAUGCAGUGAAGCAAAUUAAACCCUCCCCACCCCCCCCCCAAAAAAAAAAUAGUGCGUGAAGAGUUAUGUUGAUACAGGGAUAUUUAAAAACACUGAUGUAAAGUGAAGGUAAAAAAGUGGGCGCUGAGAAAAGAUACAUGCGGGAAGACAGUGUAGUAUGCGGGAGGACAGUGUAGUAUGCGGGAGGACAGUGUAGUAUUAUCACCCAGGAAUUAUGUGUAUUAGUGUGUGUGAUUUAUUUACCUGCGUUCUCUAAUCAUCAGCUAGAAAAAAAAAAGUGGGAAAAGUGAAGCGGUAUUUUUUAUUAAGAGUUGAUUAUAAAACACCCGAAGGUUUUUAUUUGUUUUAAGAAAUUGAUAAAGUGGUCCUAAGAGGUGUGAGGUCUGAAGAAUCGAGAUGAGUGGGCGAGGAUACCGGCGACCGUACGUCAGGCAGCGACGAGAGAGUGAUGAGGGGGAAGAGGAAGGAUUUUUGUACUGCCUCAUGUACUACUUCGACGAGGCGCGGCGAGAGUCGGAGGACGGCGGAGACCGGAGAGCCAGGAGAUCCAGGAGAUACUGCGAGGAGGACGAGGGGCAGGCCAGCAAGAAGAAGGAUGACGAGGACGAUGAAGAGAUGUUGAACCCACUAGUAUACCGCGAGACGCUGUCGGGACGGUCGAGGCGAGGUGGGAUGAUGCGACGAGCCUACACCCCAGAUCGUGAUGCCCUCAGCCGCUCCACCGCUGCCGCCGCCUCCCUCAGAUCACGCUCACAUUCCCAACCUCCAGAGAUCAACCACAACGAUGUGUCCAGGCGCCAACGCAAGAAGAAGUAGAAAAAGGAAGAGAUAGAUAAGCAGAAGAUAAUGAUGAUAAUAGCAAUACAAGGAGACACUGUUGUUGAUGACACGAGUAGAUGACAGUCAGAUUACACAUGAGGACAUACCAGUUAUAGUUCGCCAGUUCAAGGAAUAUUACAGUCACUAAAUUAAAGUGGGGGUAACAGUCAGAACAAUAAUCUGACUGUUAACUACUUAUUUAUUUAUUUUUAAUUACAAUCAGGUCAAAUAAAUGGUCCAGUUAUAAUCUAAAGAACUGUUCACAUGUCGGAGAAAAUGUCAAUUAAAGUUAAAACGAAAGAUGUAAACAAAAUGACACGAUAACGAGAGUAAACGAAACACAAACAAGAAACAAGCGAGAAUGAAGAUGUAAGAGAUGGAAAAGAUAAUACGAUAACGUGAGUAAACAAAAUACAAACAAGAAAGAGGAUAAAGAAGACAAAGAAAGAAGACAAUUCAAAACACAAGAUUUGUUUGGUAUUUAUAAACGAAUAAAAAUAUAAACAUUGUCUUCACAGUUUUCACAAAGGUAAACAAUUAGAGCUUUAAGAAACGUUUAUGCUAUGGGAUUACAGUGAAACGUUGAUGAAAAGAUUACAGUCAAACGUUUAUGCUUAUGAGAAGAUUACAGUCAAACGCUUAGGCUAAGGAUAAAAUUACAGUCAAACGUUUAAGCUUUGAGAAGAUUACAGUCAAACGUUUAAGCUUAAGUGAGAUUACAGUCAAACGUUUAAGCUUAGAAAAUUACAGUCAAACGUUUAUGCUUAUGAGAAGAUUACAGUCAAACGUUUAAGCUUAUGGGAUUUUGCAGUCAAACGCUUAAGCUUAGGAGAAGAUUACAGUCAAACGUUUAUGCUAUGAGGAAACUAUAUUGAGGCCCACAAUAUAUAUAUAUAUAUACAUACAUACAUGGCUGGAGGGGGGGGGGGGCGAACACGAGAGCUCACAAUUACGAGUCACAUGUCAUUAGUAUCUCAAGUUCGGUAAUCCCCGCUGGUAUCUCAAGUUCGGUAACACUCUCCUUCGCCUAUUACGAAAAAUUAUGAACAAGAAUUCCCCCUCCCUCCCCCCACGAUAUGAACACCAUGAUGAACACCGUGAUGAACAC